AUCAUACGCUGCGGUUGCAGGUUUUGCGGACUUGGCCACUCCAGGUAAAGAAGCUAAUGAAGAUUCAUGGAAUCCAAUCACUUGGGAACAAUCUUUGGAAAAUUCAUUAAACGGCUACGUUGGAUCAAAAAAACUUGCUGAAAAGACAGUUUGGAAAUUCGUUGAAGAAAACAAACCAAAAUGGGAGGUUAGCAUCAUUAACCCCGUUUAUGUGUUUGGUCCACAAGCUUUUGAAGUCAAAGACAAGUCCAAAUUAAACUUAUCAAACGAAGUUAUCAACAGUAUUUUGACUGCGGGUAAGAAGAAGGAGGAGCCACAACAAGUUGUCUGCUAUUUUAUUGAUGUCAGGGAUGUCGCAAAAGCUCAUAUUUUUGGCUUUGAAAAGAAGGAAGUUGUUGGUCAGAGAUUGCUUUUGGCCGAGGCUCCAUUCACCUCUGCAGAAAUCUACGACAUCAUUGAAAAGGACUUCCCCCAUUUGAAGUCAGAAUUACCUAAAUUGGAUAAAUCGAAGGGCCCAAAAUUUGAAGAUAGUGAGAGUAUUAUCAACAACGAAAAAACAAGAAAGAUCUUGGGCUUUGAAUUUAUCGAUUUGAAAAAGUCGGUUGACGAUACCAUUGCGCAAUUACAAUAA